AUGUCAUGUUCGGAGAAUUCAACUUCCAGCUCGUUUUCAGUGAAGUCUUUAAUUUGCUCCAGACGGUCUGAAUCUUACUGUCCUGGGGCUUAUUUGUCGUCCAGAGCAGACCAGGGCUACGGGCUACAGAAUUGGCAAGUUGGCCUAGCACAACGUAAACAAGGGGAGAUGAACAACCAGCAAGGUAUAGGUUUGGUUCCACAUCAGUACGUGUCUGGCAUGCCAGGCAUGGCCGGGUGGGCAAACCCGUCACCCUCCAACCACACAGCCCGGCUCCAACAGAUAAACACUUACUCCUUUACGUCCAGCGUAAAGGAAGAAGCGAACUAUUGUUUAUUAGGAGGGGAUAAAUAUUCGAAGACGCACUCCGAGAUUUCAGUGUAUCCGAGGGUGAUUUCUGAACUCUGCACAAAUGGCAGUGGCAGGGUCCCCAUGCCCAGCUAUUUCCGUUCAGAAUCGAGUUAUUCAUCAAACAAACCUACGGAUUACAGCCAACCACAGCCAGCCACUGCUCCGUGCUCGAUUCACUCCAGCAUUCCCUUCACUUCUUCCUUCGCCACGUCGUCCUCUUCAAAACCAGGUGAAAAAGAACUCAAAGUGAGCGCCUCAAAAGAGCCGGGUCGCGGAGUCCCGGGAAAAAACACAGGGGGAAGAGAGAGCACGUUUACACAAGAAACAUCCACGUUACAGUUUCCUGGCGCGGAUAAACCCGUUCCUGAGAAGGAAGUAAAAGAGAGUACAAAGACUGAGAACACGAUAAACUGGCUGUCUGCAAAGGGCGGAAGGAAGAAACGCUGCCCAUACACCAAGCAACAGACACUGGAACUUGAAAAGGAAUUCCUCUUCAACAUGUACUUAACUCGAGAGCGCCGCCUGGAGAUCAGCCGGAGUGUGAAUCUAACCGACAGACAAGUCAAAAUUUGGUUUCAAAACCGAAGAAUGAAACUGAAAAAGAUGAGCAGGGAGCACAGAGUUCGAGAAAUAUCAGCUACUUUCCCUAUUUGA